CAUAUACUCAACAAAUAUAAUAUAAACAUACAUACAUACUUAUCUUAUACGUAGAUGAGUGUCUACAACAUUUUGGCGACGUCGGAAAACUGUAAACCAUAAUGACUCAGGCGGUAUUCACACUUGACAAAUUCGAAUGUGAAGGUGAUAUAGGGUCGGUUGCAGUCCGAUGGGAGCGAUGGAAACGCGGGCUGUACAUCUAUUUGGAAGCAGCGGGAAUAGAUACGGAAGCAAAGAAAAGAGCAUGUUUACUUCAUUUCGGUGGAGCUGAUUUACAAGAGGUGUUCUACAAUAUACCCGGAGCAGACGCAAAGUCAAACGACGUAAACGAUGGCAAAGUAUUUGAAAUUGCGAUACAAAAAUUAGACGAAUACUUUGCAGAGUAAGGGUUUCGAGCGACACCUGUUCCGUCAAAUGCGUCAAGAACCACAAGAGAAAUUUGACAAGUUUUUGGUAAGGUUAAGACAUCAAGCUUCAAAAUGCCAGUUCACAAAUACAGAUGAACAUAUUAUUGAGCAAAUAACCGAAAAAUGCUCGUCGGAUGAUUUAAGGAAAAAAAUAUUAAAAAACGGUGACAAAAUGACCCUUGACGACAUUAUUUCUGAAGCCAAUGUACUGGAGGUUGUAGAAAGACAGUUGGGUGAUUUUGAAAACAAGAAAAUUGAAAAUCAUGGUGUCAACAAGAUAACUACGAAGCCGGACAAGUACAAGAGCACAGGAGAUAGACAAGAUAGAGGUUGUGGCAGAUGUGGUAGCAAGAACCAUUUCGCACGAGAUUCCAAAUGCCCUGCUAAAACUAGAAAAUGCAAUAAGUGUGGAAUUCUAGGCCAUUUCCAAAUACGAUGUCGAACAAGGGAAGUACAGAAAAGAAAACCAGGUCAAGAUGAAGUAGCGCGGAACCAUAAUUCAAAAAGACCCAGAGGAGCAAACAAUGUAGAACAGAUAGACAAUGUAGCAUGUACAAGCAAGCAAACUGAGUAUAUCUUCAACGUGAACACCGGUUCCACAGCACCAUGCAUGAUUGGUGGAACAAAAGUAGAUAUGCUAAUAGACUCUGGCUGCAACCACAAUUUGAUCACGGACAAAACCUGGGUCUCCAUGAAAGAAAAUAAUUCAAAGGUCACUAAUCAAAGCAAAGACCCACAGAAGAAGUUUAUUGCAUAUGGAAGCGGAACUCCUUUAAAAUUACUGGGAUCGUUUGAUGCAGAAAUACAGCUAGGGAAGAAAUCAGAAAAUGCAACUUUUUAUGUCAUCUCUGGUGGCACCCAGAAUCUGCUUGGGAAAAUGACAGCUACUUCCCUAGGAGUCCUGCAAAUCAAUAUACCAAUGGACGUUAAUAGUGUGGACACGACAGCCUUCCCGAAAUUCAAAGAUGUGCUCGUGGAGAUCCCGUUGGACGAGUCAGUAAAACCUGUCGCACAACCUUACCGCAGGAUACCUAUUCCACUGGAAGCCAAAGUCGAACAAAAGAUUGAUGAAUUAUUGCACGCUGAUAUAAUUGAGGAGGUAAAAGGUCCCUCUAGUUGGGUCUCGCCGAUCGUGCCAGUACUGAAGGAUAAUGGAGACGUCCGCUUAUGCGUAGAUAUGCGACGCGCGAAUAUGGCCAUCAAACGGGAAAACCAUCCACUGCCAACCAUGGACCAACUACUUCCUAAGAUGAGAGAAGCAAAACUCUUCACAAAAUUAGACAUCAAGGACGCCUUUCAUCAUAUUGAGCUUCAGCCUGACUCAAGGCCGAUAACAACAUUUAUAACGGGUAAGGGACUUUUUCGCUAUAAAAGGAUGAUGUUUGGCAUCAGCUGUGCGCCAGAAAUCUUUCAAAAGACUUUGGAGAGGAUACUUUUGGGCUGUGAAGGAGUCAUUAACUUUAUAGAUGAUAUCCUGGUGUAUGGAAAGGAUCAGGUAGAACAUGACGAACGGUUGGAGAAAGUCCUGGAUGUUCUAAAAACACACAACGUGCUCCUAAAGGAAGAUAAAUGCAUUUAUCGAGUAAAAAGUGUUCAGUUUUUAGGACACGAGCUCUCUGAAAAUGGAAUUAAACCGCUGGACAAAUAUUUGUCGGCAAUCAAGAACUUUAGAGCACCUACCACCAUUGCAGAACUACAAAGCUUUCUGGGGUUAGUGAACUUUGUUGGAAAAUGGAUUCCCCAUUUAUCUACGACCACAGAGCCCCUAAAGGAGUUACUCCGGCAGAAGGCAGGAAGAAACUCAGACAUAACUGAUUACUGGAAUGACAUUCGGCAAGCAGCUUUUAAUAAAUUAAAAGCUUCACUUGCUGAUAUACCGCGUCUGGGCUAUUACAACCCCAAUGACAAAACGACAGUGAUUGCAGAUGCGAGUCCUGUGGGCUUGGGGGCAGUACUCGUCCAAACAAAUAAGGAGGGUUCUAGGAUCAUAGCAUAUGGGAACAAAACGCUUACCGACUGCGAACGCAGAUACUGCCAGACCGAGAAGGAGGCCCUCGCGUUGGUUUGGGCCAUUGAACAUUUUAAUAUGUUCCUAUAUGGAAAAGAAUUCGACUUAAUAACGGACCACAAACCACUAGAAGCAAUAUUUGGCCCCAAAUCCAAACCGUGCGCCCGCAUUGAGAGAUGGGUUUUGAGACUUCAAUCCUAUAAAUUCAAAAUAAAAUAUAGCCCUGGCAAAAAUAACAUAGCAGACCCGCUGUCGAGGCUCUGCAAACUCUCUACAAAGCCACCACAAGUUGGAGUAGAUUACGUGCAAAAUGUGAUAGAACAAGUAAGGCCGACAGCUAUACCAUUGCAAGAGAUAAUGGUACAUUCUCGUCAAGAUGCGGAGAUACAAGCAGUCAAGAAUGGCCUUUACAACAACCAGUGGAGUGAUCUCACCAAAGGCUAUAAACUAUUCCAAGAUGAGUUGUGCUUUUAUGAAGACAUCCUACUAAGGGGGACUAAGAUCGUAAUGCCACAAAAACUUCGAGACCCGAUAUUGCGUAUUGCACAUGAAGGCCACCCAGGCAUAUGUGCCAUGAAAACCAGACUGCGGACUAAAGUCUGGUGGCCAAAAUGCGAUAGAGACGCCGAGAACUUUUGCAAGACGUGCAAAGGUUGUGUUUUGGUCUCGACUCCCAAUCCUCCCAACCCUAUAAAAAGGAGAGAGCUACCCUCGGAGCCAUGGGUGGACACCGCAGUGGACCUGAUGGGUCCAUUACCUAGUAAUGAUUAUAUCUUUGUGAUCGUGGACUAUUACUCCCGAUACAAAGAAGUGAAGGUUUGUCGGACAAUUACGAGCUCAGAAAUUAUCAACCAUCUGAAAGACAUUUUCAGUAGAUUAGGUAAUCCAGUGUCGAUCACGGCUGACAACGGCCGUCAAUUUACCAGCGAAGAUUUCAAACUAUUUUGUUCCGAAAGAAACAUCAAGCUUUAUAACACCAUACCCUACUGGCCCCAACAAAACGGCGAAGUGGAAAGGCAGAAUAGAGACAUCUUAAAACGCCUAAAGAUCGCUCAGGCCGAGCAGAAAAAUUGGAAGGAUUCUCUCCGGGAGUAUAUGGUUAUGUACAACAGCACUCCCCACUCGGUAACCGGUAAAACUCCCUCGGAGUUAUUCUUUAGGCGACAAUUCAGAGACAAAUUACCGAUGAUACAAGACAUGACGUAUAGCUCGGAAGAUUCGGAGAUGAAAGAUAGAGACAAAGAACUAAAAGAAAAAGGAAAGCAGUACGCAGAUAGGAAAAGGCGAGCAGCGGAUAGUGAAUUGAACGUAGGGGAGAAGGUCUACGUAAAAAAUAUGCAUAAAACCAACAAAUUGAGCCUCAAUUAUGAGCCAACAUCACAUACCGUUGAGUCCAACAAAAAUGGAGAUGUAGAAUUGCGUAAUGAUAACACAGGCCAAGUGGUUAGACGAAACAUUCUGCACCUAAAACGGGUAGAAGGACUAUGGAAGGUAAAUAACGAGACUGAAGAUAUAAACGGAGACAAUUCAAGCAGGAGUGAAACUGAUUCUGAUUAAGUAAUAAAUUAUACACAGAAAAUUACAAAUAACAUAAAUUGA